AUGUCGGCACCACAUGAUACCGUCACAACAGACAAUCCGGGCUUCAGCAAUCUCUCAUCACAACGUCGCUAUGUUCGAGCGGUCAUUACACUUAGCCAAAGGAAGGAUAUGGGACUUUCACUCUAUCGCCGGAUUGAAUACAACAACAACAACAACAACAACAACAACAACAACAACAACAACAACAACAACAACAACAACAACAACAACAACAACAACAACAACAACAACGACAACAACAACGACAACAUCAUCAUCGUCACGAAGCUUCAGGACAUUCGCUAA